GCAGACACAAGGUGACGGGAGGAGAGGAGAAGAGGUGUUUCUGGCGUGGAACUCAGACGAUCAAUGUGUCCAUAAGCCACAAUGGUGAGGAGGAAGAUGCCUGUGGGCCAUCAUGAGCACUGUGACAAGUGUUACAACGUCUGUUGUCAAGUCCCGGUGCAGAUCUCCGUCUCGUGCCUGGUCAUCAAGUGUCAUAAACACUGCGGCGCCACCUUCCACAUGUGCAAGCAGGAGGAGCACCAGCUCCUCUGUCCCAACGAGACGGUCCCCUGCCUCAACGUCGACUACGGCUGUCCUUUCACCAUGCUGCGCCACAGGCUGGCCAAACACCUGGAGGUAUGUCCGGCCAGCGUGGUCUGCUGCUCGCAGGAGUGGAACCGCUGGCCUGUUUCAGAAACUGAUCUGACCUUCUACAAACAUGUCUCAGAAAGCCCUCAAACUGACUUAAGCCUCGAUGUUGCUAUGGCUCUCAGGGACCAAGAGCUGCUGUUUCGAUCCAUCAAAAUGAAGAACAUUUUUCCUGAGUUGAUGGAGGGGGAUCCUGCCCUCCAGGAUGUUUCCGCAUGGGUCAACAGUCCUGCGGAUGAAGCAACCUGUUCUUCAGAUUGCGGUGAAUUUGCAGAAAAAGGCUGCACAGCGGUGGAGGAAAAAGAACUGAGCCAAGAGGAGAGGGAUGCUUUGGCAAAGAGCAGGGACGUGUAUGGUAUUCAGAACUACAGCUCCUGGGAGAAAAUAUUCAACAAGGAGAUGCAGGCAUGCAAGCAAACUGUCAAAAACCUGAAUAAGAAGGAGGGAAAGGAUGAGCAAGAAUCAUCAAACUGUCAGGGGGAGGCGAGAGACUCACACCUGAGCCAAGAGAGUGCUGCUGCCGCUCCAAGCACGGAUGGUGCAACUGGACUCGCGCCAUGGCAAGACGGGGUCCUUCAGAGGUUAAGCCGAGAAGUCAACAUCGCUGAAUAUAACAUGUAUCUGGCGCACAACGGGGCAAUGUUGAUUGACUUUGGCCAACUCGCUGCUUGCACCCCGAGAGAGAAGGAUUUUGUUUACGGGAACCUGGAGCCCAUCGAGGUUAAAACCGUCCGAUCGUUUCAUGUUCCCACAAGCUACCGAGCGAAGCGCGACUAUCUGAAGGAUCAAAAGGUCAAGAUCAGCGCUAGCGUUGACACCGCAGAUCUGGGCGUGUCGGUCGAGGAUCUUCCAAAGUGUGACGAGGUCGGCGCCACGCUCUUGCACUCCCUGGAAAUGGAGCUGAAAGGACAUUUAAUCUCAGAGAGCGCGGGGAGAGAUGGUCUUUACGUCGAUAUCGGAACACAAACAUACGACUUUGCUUCUGCUCCGUUCAAAACGGAUGCAUCGCUUGCCGACGUCAUUGCGGGCAAACCCUGCGGUCUUCACGUACAAGUCGAAGCAGAAUCCGUCACCAGGAGACACAACAAAAGUAGCUCAGCCUUCAGCUUCAUGUGUGGCCACUUCUUUCGGCGUGACGAAUACCGCUCUCACUUCAGGAAUGUGCACUCUGAAAUACAGGCCUCUCUGAGCGGCUGGUUCCAGCAACGCUGCCCCUUAGCAUACCUCGGCUGCGCUUUCACCCAGACGAGAUUUGGCCCUGCGGGUCAUCGGGCUACGAUCAGAUUCUGUCAAGAUGUCAGCGCCCUUGUCCUCCAGCCAGAAGUCCCUUCAUUCCUCUGUGAAGGCGGGAAAACCUUCAGCCCUCAGAGAAAUGGUGCUCAUAAUCUGGAUCCCCUGAGCAGCCUGCCCCUGGAGAUCCUUCAGCACGUUGCUGGUUACCUUGACAGCUUUACAUUAUCUCAGCUGUCCCAAGUCUCCCAUCUGAUGAGAGAAGUGUGUGCCACAUUGCUGCAGGAGAGAGGGAUGGUCUCCCUCAAGUGGAAGAAAAAGACCUAUUCCCACGGGGGAAGCUCCUGGAAAUGCCGAAAGAAAGUUUGGGAGUUCAGCUCUCUGUUUUCCUCGGUGGACAGAUGGAGCUUCAGCAACACUCCUUCCAUGUCGGAUCACCUGAAAACCUGCUCCUUCUACCAGAGAGAGGAGCUGAGCACUGAGCCGGUGGCUUUAGCCUGCCUGGGAGAGGUCAGAGACAAACACGGAGAAGUAAAGCAUAAAAGAUAAUGCUCAUAGUCCCAGAGCUCAGUGGGCGGACGGCAACACGAGCAAUGCCGUGUUUAGAAUCACUCAGACGUGAUGUGUAUCCUCCGCAUAUACGGCUACUAUAUAGAAACAAAAAGGGAGUUCAGAGCUGCUGUGUGCUAAAGCCCUGCAGACAUACACCGUACAUCUAAGGAAUUCACUUUGGCAUAAUUUCUGAAGAUUUUGAUUUUAUUUAUUUUAUUUUCUUGUAACCUUUCCUCAAAUCAUUUGUGCCUAUAUGUAGGUAAAAUGCUUAAAGAUGGAUCUAUUUCUGGAGUGUUUUUAAGGUUUGAUUGAAAUUCAAAUAAUCCCUCUUGGACACUAAAUUCACAAAUGCAGCUCAGUUAUAUGGUGUUUAAAGCUGCAGUAGGCAGAAUAGUUUUGGCAUCAU